UCUCCUCCUCCUCCUCCUCAUGCUGCGGUGUUCAGUCUGCUCCGUUAUUAUCUCCCGUGUCUCCUGGACUGUAUCUGCAGCUCUGACAUGUCGUCCAUCUUCCCCCGGUGGAUCUUCACCUGCCACGAGAUGUACCACUCUGACCAUGGCGUCGACUUCCCCGACCUCACCUUCAACAUCCCUGGCAGAGCUGCUGAGCUGGGCCCAACAAACUAAGUGUGAAUACAACCAUCAACACAUCACACUUCUACCUUCCCCUCCGCCCGCAGAGGCCCUCCUUCAGCUGCUGCAGCUCCACUCCACCCCUCCUUCCUCUUGAAUGAUGGACAGCCCUCCUAAACUGUCUGGUGAGACCCUGAUUGUGCAUCACAUUCCCCUGGUGCACUGUCAGGUGUCAGGGGGGAGACAGGGCGGCUGCGGGAGCUCACUUAAGAGGAGCAAGGCCUUCACCCCACCUGAGAACCUCGGCCUGAGUCGCACCACUUCCCUUCCCGAGAGGGACAUCCUCCAGAGGGAUGCUCUGCUCUACAGCAGCCUGAUUCAGACCUCCAGUGACUCCUGCUCCUCCCACAACAGAGGAAGAGAGAGGAAGGGUGGCGGUAAAGGAGGCAGCACAGCGAGUGAUGAUUCAUCAGUGACUUCCAGCAAUUCAGAGGACCAGCUGAUCACAGCUCACACUUUACCCAGGGCGAAACCGAGGAACAGGAAUCCGUUUCGUCAGAAUCCGUUCUUGCUGAAUACCGACAAUGACAAUGAUGAAGAGGAGGAGGAUGAUGGUGACAACCUCAGCGGUUACCUUGAGGACUCUUCCUUCCACCUCCACAGUGACACCAACUCUGCCCUCGAUGUUGGGAUGGCAUCCUUCCGCCUGCACGACCUCGGCUUCACUUCUGAGCCCUUCCUUCUGCACAGCUCGGUGGGAGGAAGCCGACGGGAGUCCCUGAGGGCCGUAGCUUCAGAUCUGUCCAACCACCUGGAAGACCUGAACAUCUUAGGUCUGGACAGCCAGCGUCGCCUCGGGAGCAGCGGUUCCAACAUGUCCAUGGAUUGUGGAGAGCAAGACUGGGGCGAUGAGGAAGAAGACGAAGAUCAUCAUAUGCGCUGCGGCCGAAGCAGUAAGACGGGCUCGUACUCGUCAAGCUCCUCGACCCAACACUGCUCCUGCUGUGUAUUGUCUCAGAACUACCCUCAACACUUUCCUGAAACCUUCUCUGAGCCGUUUACAGCUUGUCAGCAAGGCUACGGCAGCGACUCGUCCUGCAACAGCUCGGACGGCGUCCUCGUCAACUUCAGUGCCAUUUACAACAAGAUGAACAACGGCAUACCGGAGAAGCCACCGGCCCCUGGACUCACCAACCUCAACAGCUCCACUGACCACUCCUGCACCUCGUCUGUUUCUGACCCAGCAGGACACCAGCGAGACUCGAGUGGAGGGGCUUUCUAUUUAGACCUUCACACAUCCCCAACCGAACCUCCCGGAUCACAGCAACAACCCUCUUGUCUCGGCAACACCUUCCCUCUGAUCCGGGAACCACACCUGUCCACCUCCUCCACGUGCUCUUGCUCUGUGGAGCACCAGGGGGCUCUGGACCUCGACGCCAACUGCAACUCCUACCACCCGCCACAUUCUGGCUCGUCCGGAGACCUUGUAUCCUGUCUGCAGAGCCAGGCCCGUCUGGUUGUCGCCACCCAGAACUACUACAAGCUGGUGACCUGUGACCUUUCGUCGCAGUCAUCGCCGAGUCCCGUGGGCUCGUCGGUCAACAGCUGCUCCGAUGAGCACAGCAAAGGAAGCCCCACCCCGACUCAGCCCAGCGAGUACUUCCUGUUCAGACAGCAAGCUGAGCAGGACGGCGUGGAAGAGGAAGAGGAGGAGGAGGAGGAAGGAGAGUCGUCUAAGGAAGAAGAUAAUGACGACGAUGAGGAGGAGGAGGAGGAGGAGGAAGAGACGAAGAAUCACCAGGCGGAUGUUGGGGCGGAAGCUGCUCCGGCUGUGAUUGAGGGUCAGGUGUACGUCAACACCUCCCCUCCUGUGGUUGGCCGGGCCCUUAUCGGAAGCGGAGCCUCUUCGGGAACUCGUCCCCGUUCGCGCAGCUACGACCGAAACCUGGACAAGUCUCCGUCUCCUCGGCUCGGAUCUCUGGAGCGGAUGUUGAGCUGCCCCGUCCGGCUCAGUGAUGGCGCCGCCCCGACCCCGCCUCCACCUCCCCGCGUCACCUCCUUCGCAGAGAUCGCCAGGAGUAAAAGAAGAAACGGAGCUACGGGGGGGUCGCCAUCCAUGAAGGCAGCCGCGGACCCUUUCUCCUCCACUUACUCCACCCACUCGCACUCCUCGGUGGACUUCUCUCCAAUCCUGGAGCAGCGUGCGGAGGCUGACAGUCAGAGCCUGUCGCCGGCGCCAUUCAGCAGAUGUUACAGCCAUGGCAGCAUAGAGCGACACCUGGAGGGGGCGAGGGAGACGCGGGCCAAAGCUGAAGGGGGCCUCUCCAGCUCAUCAGACACUCCUCCGGCGGUGGUCCGGUACACCCUGGACCAGCGGCCCACCACCCUCCCCAUCCAGCCCUUCACCUUCCACCACCAGUUUGCCUCUAAGCCCCCGCAGCCCAAGCCCCUGCUGCCCCUGCUCACGGGUUACGUCUCAGGGAUGCAGGCUCGCUCCAGUUCUGGUUCUGGAUCCGGCUCUGGUUCUGGUUCUGGUGGUGUGGUGGGGGAUGAUGGGGAGGAUGCGGCUGAAAAUGUGCGCAGUUACCAGGGGGCUCUGGCCGGGGAAGCCCCUCCCCCUGGAUCAGUUCGUCCCUCUCCUCUCGGGAGCUACUCCCCGGUUCGCCUCCAGGGGGCGCCCAGCUCUGGGACCUGCUCCACCUGCAGCCCCAGCCCCCAGCCGCCCCACAGCCCCUCCUGCCCGCUGUCAGCCGGCUUCAGCCCCCUGCACUCCCCAAAACAGGGCGGGGGUUCAGCACGGUCACCGUCGACCCCUCCGCCUCCAUCGCUGGGGGUGAAGAGGGGGGCGGUGCCACCGAUGCUGCCGGCGGUGCAGGGACACUGCUUCCACCGUGGAGCUCCGACCAGUUUACCAGCGCUGCACAGUGACAUGCUGAGUCCACUGGGAUGUGUGGACUCUGGGAAACACGGCGAGGGAAGCAAAGGCUCUGGAGUCAGGGCACAGAAUGCCGGCCAAUCAGCUAAGCUCCAGCAGAGCUACACCGAUUUCCUGCCGGACUAUUUCUCCAUGACCGAGAAGCCGCCGGAGGAGUUCUGCCUCUCCCCCGACGCCUCCUCUUCAUCAUCCUCCCGCUCUUCCUCACAGUCCCACAUCACUGUGGACCUGUCGCUGAAGAGAGCUUUGGUGAAAGCCGUGAACACAGCAGUGGAUCUGAUUGUGGCUCAUUUCGGAACCAGUCGAGAUCCAGACGUGAAGGCGAAGCUGGGGAACAGCUGGGUGAGUCCCAACGUGGGGCACCUCAUCCUGAAGUACCUGUGCCCGGCCCUGCAGGACGUGCUGCAGGACGGCCUGAAGGCCUACGUGCUGGACCUGAUCAUCGGGCAGCGGCGCUGUCAGCCCUGGAGCCUGGUGGAGGCCUCCACUCAGCUGGGCCCGUCCACUCGUGUCCUCCACAGCUUGUUCUCGAAGGUGAGCCAGUUCUCCGAGCUCAGCAGCCACAGCAUGAGGAUGAACUCCUUCAUCUUCGGUCUGCUCAACCUGAAAUCUUUGGAGUUCUGGUUCAGUCACCUCUACACACAUGAAGAUAUCAUAGCAGCACACUACAGCCCGUGGGGUUUCCUUCCCCUGUCGCAGGGCGCCUGCCAGCCUCUCUUCGAGGAGCUCCUCCUCCUGCUGCAGCCGCUGUCGCUGCUCCCCUUCGACCUGGACCUCCUGUUCGAGCCGCACCUCCUCCAAAAGGGCCAGGAGCACCUGCGUCGCAAGGAGCAGCUGUGCUCUGCGGGCCAGAGCGUCGACCAGUCGGCUCGCUCCACCUUCCAGCUCAUGCGAGGGUGGAGCACCACCGUGAGCGAAAUGGUCAGAGACUCGAGCGGCGAGCUGAAGAAGGAGAGGGCGGGGCUGAGGCGGGAGGGAACGUGGCCGAGGAUGGAAGGAGCCAAGUCCAGAAGGGAGGGGUGGGGGUUCAAAUCCAGUGUGAGGAAGGAGGGGGAGGCAACGGAGAGCAUGACAGCUGGACCUGUUAGCAGACAGUCGACGAUGGAGGUAGGGUUUUCCAAUCUGUGGAAGGAGAGGGGGAUGAGUGAGGAGAGGGUGAAAGGUGUGGGCCAGGAGAGCCAGGGAGAAGGGGAGGAUGGACAAGAGAAGGACGGGAGGAAGACAAAGGAGAGGGAUCCGGCUGACGAAGGGCGUCAGUUGCAGGACAGACAGGCGGGGUGGUGGUACCAGCUCAUGCAGUCCUCCCAGGUCUACAUCGACCAAUCCACGGAGAAGACCAAGUUCGUGAAGACCGAGAAGAGGAAGAGAUCAUCGGAGAGACGCCAGGGCCGGCUCCCGCCCACCAGGGAGGGCGUGGUGGAGGGGGCGGAGUCAAGCCAAGAAGGGGAGGGCUGCAGGAGCAGGAAGAGCAACAGCAGCUCCAGCGAGGAGUCGGGCGGACCCCGGGGGGGGAGACCCUCGUGGAUGGGCAGCCCCCCGGAGUCUGUUCUCAACCAGGAGAAGGAGACGAAACCUGUGGAGGUCACGGGCCCCAGGGCCCCGGCUGCAGCCCAGCUGGAGAGCCCCUCACAGGGACAGGGCCUGCGUUGGGGCAGGCUCUUCGGAGCGAGUCUCGGUUCUCCUUCCAGAGCGGAGGCAGCUGAGCAGAGGGCGAGAAGUCAGAGGAGCAGACCUCCGUCGGGCUGGCUCGGUCUGGACAUGUCCGUCCUCGACCUCGUGGCCCAGACGAUCGGAGGCAGCGUGAAGAGGACGGAGCCUCUGACUCCUCCCACCCAGAGCACACCCCCCCCACCGAGGACCACCAAACCACCUGAAGCCAAACGACAGCCUCUGUGUGAAGUCCGGGCUCUGUGCCACCACAUCGCCACCGAGCCCGGCCAGCUGAGCUUCAACAAGGGCGACGUCCUGCUGGUCCUGAGCAAAGCCGAUCCCGACUGGCUGCUCUGCUCCCUGGGCUCCACCCGGGGGCUGGUUCCCAUCAUCUACGUCACCCUGGACAGCAUGGACGACAGCCAGGACGCCGCUGGUCUCUGCUGAGCCGCAGCCGAGACCGAACAAAGUAAAAGACAAAGACAAACAGCUCCGGACACACGGGGAAAAAUCUGCUCUCUGAAAAAAGGGAAAACUGAAAAUAAACAUAUGACGUUGUACAGACAUAUGCAAGGGAAGCAUGCAGCCUCCAACACGGACUCCCGUCGACUCCAAGGCUUCAACCGAGACAUGUACGCAUGCAAACAUCCAAACAAAACAACCAAAAGACCCGAUCAACAAAACAAACCCAAAGACUCUGGAAGACACUCUUCUCUCUCUCAAGUGACACAAGUUUAAAAACCCGUGUGAACAACAUCCAUCUUUACUUCCAACUAAACAAGGAGGGCCGACACACGUAUGAUAUAUAUAUAUAUAUAUGCUCUGCACCACGCCUAGCUGCACUUUGCCGUACCGUCUUUACUUUCACAGCGCUGCGCCGCACUCUGAACACAGUUUGGUUCGAUGUCCCGUCGCUUGCUUCGUGCCGACUGACGACUUCAAUUCACGUAGAAUCUGCAAAUCCUUAUUCUUUUACUUUUUCAGGUGAAGAUUCAAGAUGGUUGUAAAAGCAAAACUUGUUCCACCUCUGCAGACGUGUGUUUGUUUUCGGCAAAUUGUUAUUCUUAUGAUUAUGAUCAGAGGAUAAAACCUCGCUGAUGUGUUUUUAGACGCCUGUUUAACUCGGGUGAAAGAGUUUUUUUAUUCCACAUCUGUCGUCCCUGAUCACUGCUCCUGCUUCUGUGGAGAAGAAGCGAUGGAUGAUUCUUCUUCCUCUCUGCUCAUGGCUGGGUCGAGCAAAUGGCUGAUGUGGUUUUGGAGCAUUUAAACUAUCUAUCGCCCCUAAAAUCUGAUCUCUAAUCUCAUCUGAAAACACGAAAUGCUUCAGUGCAGUUUGAUCAGUCCGCCUUUCGUUUUUGUAAAUGCAAAAAUUUGACUUCCCAAGGCAAGUAUCUAAAUGCACAGAAAACAGGGGAAGACGUCCAAUGAGCAGUGGUGAUGUCUUUGCACGUCCCCCAAGGAUGUUGGGUUUUCUCCCGUCUGUUCAACUACUGAACACGUUUCCUCGAAACUUGCUGGAAGGACAGAACGAGAAAGAAUUCAAUUUAGAGGCGAAUCCAGGAUUUUUCUUUAACUUCCUUUAAUAUUGAAAAGUUUUAAUUUUUUGUCAUUUUCAUCAAGUCCCGAGCAAUUUAAGCAAGAGUCGUUAAUCCUGGAAAAGCUGGCAAGGACUUAUCAGUUGAAAUGAUCGAUGCGCUCUCCUGAGUGUGAUUCUGGUUUUUGAAAAUGUAUUGCUCAUUACUUUUUGCAUUUAGAAAAAUGGGGUCGGUGAUCUUAUUUAUGCCUUAAAGCGCUUGAGGCCCAAACACUCGUCUUGACGUUACAGUUUAUUUUAUAUAAUACAUCUACGUGGAUGUUUACUCUGGACUUCAGAGUGUAGUGGAGAAACAGAGGCGUGUUCUGUGGUGAUAUUUUUUGACGUCUAAAGGGAAACCCGUCCUGUGCUGGGACGUACACGGUGUAAAAUGUGGCCUUAGGUUCUUAAUGAGUUGACCGUGAAGUACAACUUAAGGCAAUAGAGUGUAAACAGACGCGCGGUCCAAACAUAUUACACAUUAAAAACAGGUGAAAUCAAUGUACAUUUAUUAAAUAAAUGAAUGCUUGUGUAGUUUUUGAAAAACUUACAUGGGAUAUAAUUCUUCCAUUUUGUUUAUUUUUUUCCCUCUUGGUUGCAUUACUGUACAGUUUUUAUUUGUAUGUAUAAUUUUUUUUUUUUUUAAAUUGAAUUUCACCAAAAUGAUUUUAAUAUUUAAUUCUCGCUGAAGUGUAAAUAUAUUUAAACCCUUCAGUGGUUAAUUUCUGCCAUAGAUCUAUAUGUGUACAUGUUAUUAAUGCAUUUCCUGUUUCAUACAGGAAGCGAGUAUAAGCUUUAGAUUCAGUGCUAACAACCUGCGGACUGGAAAUGAGGUGUGGCUGGUGGCCGGAGCAGAAAGACACGAUCACACCCUUAGAGACGAGGAGGAGAAGACAGAUUCGCUUUUUGAUUUGAGUUGUGAGUCGUCGGGUUUCUCUCGCUCUGUAAAUACCGUCAGCGACCCUGCUCUUCUCUCUGUGUCCAGGAUAUAGGAUGUGUACGACCUUAUCAAACUACUGUGGAUGUUCAAUAACAAAGUGCUCACGUGAUCACAAACCUGCUCCUGUGUCUUUUGUCCUCAACGCACUCUCCACAAAAAGCUUUUCACAGUUUGUUUGUUUGUCAGCAGAAUUAUAUAAAAGCUACGGAACAGACUUCCAUGAAACUUGGUGGAAAGAUUGGAUAUGAACCAAGAAAGACUAUAUGAUAUGUUGUUAUGAAAAACUAAAAAGACAUCAAAUCAAUCAUCUUAUCUCCAGCAUUGAUGAGAUUCAAAGAAAGCAAACAGAAAAAUAAAGAUUAUUUACUUUAGAUUCACAAACAAAGAACCAGAGACAUUGGCAGGAUUGACAGGAAACUCGUUUUAUUCUGAAAAUGCUCAACAAUCAUUUGAAUCCAUCCCAACACUCUGCAGCUGCCUGAGGAGUUCACCUCUUCACAGUUUGAUGAGACACACACGCACUCAUUCACAUUUUGUAUUCCUCACUCCUUUUUUUCUCAAACAAAAAUGCCUAAAAUAAAAUUUUAAAUUAUAUAAAAACUCACUUUUUAAUUUAUAUUUUUUCCACUCGAAACAGAAAUGUAUGUAACAACACAAACGUACAAAAAUAGAGAAAUGGCUGUUUAGUAUAAGAAGUAAUUGCCUCAAUAUAAUGAUUUAUUAUUUAAGUUGGUUUGAGUCACUGCGUCUCCUCCCUGACUCGGAGCGGCCCAUUGCUGUCGUCAAGGUGG